AUGCCACCCCUUGCGUCGACCCGCGGCGAUUACGCCUCCGUACCCCAAGCCGAACCCGCCGUCGAGCUGCAGGACCUGAACCGACCCCAUCAUGACCGCCCUCUGGCCCGGAGAGGCCAUCCCCCGCCCGCACGCUCCGGUGCGAGUGCCGACUCCAGCGCGCUAGAUGCGUCUGAAGUGGUCGAAGCGAAGCGCCACUCGGCCGACACGUUCAGCAACUUGUCGGUAGAUGACGACGAGCCAACCGACGGUGAGAAGCUGUCCCUCCGCAAGGUUCCGGACCGCCUCCCGUGGAGCGCUUCCCUGAUCGCCAUCGUCGAGCUCUGCGAGCGCUUCGCCUAUUAUGGUUUGUCCGGCCCGUUCCAAAACUACAUGGCCAACAAAUACCACGAUCCCAGCGGUCUUCCGGGAGCCAUCGGCCUUGGCCAGCACGGCGCCACUUUGACCAGCAGCUUCUUCCAGUUCUGGUGCUACCUCACCCCCAUUUUCGGCGCCGUUGUGGCCGACCAGUACUUGGGGAAAUACUGGACGAUCGUGUAUUUCUCUGUAGUGUACAUGUCUGGCAUUGUAAUCCUCUUCCUGACCUCCCUACCAUCCUCGAUCGAGGCCGGCUACGCUUACCCCGGCCUGCUCGUCGCCAUCCUCGUCAUCGGUCUCGGCACUGGUGGCAUCAAGAGCAAUGUGUCGCCGCUGAUUGCCGAGCAGUACGAGGAGACGAGGCAAAGGAUAAAGAUCCUGCCCUCUGGGGAGCGCGUAAUCGUCGAUCCGGCUCUCACCAUUCAACGCAUCUACAUGGUCUUUUACAUGUGCAUUAACAUCGGCUCUCUGUCCGCCAUAGCAACCAGCACCAUGGAGCUCCGCAUCGGCUUCUGGGCUGCCUAUCUGCUGCCACUGUGCAUGUUCGUCGUUGGUUUUGUGCUCAUAGUAGUCGGGAAGAACAGAUACGUCAUCAAACCUCCCUCUGGAUCCGUCGUAGCGAACAGUUUCAAAGCUUUGUACAUUGCCAUCGUGAACCAGGGCGACCUCGACGCCGCCAAGCCGUCUAUCCAGCGCAGCUACGCGAUCCAGCGCACGAUCCAAUGGGACGACGCCUUUGUUGACGAGCUGAAGCGUGCUCUGCUUGCCUGCAAGGUCUUUUGCUUCUACCCCAUCUACUGGGCUGCCUUCGGACAGAUGUCGAACAACUUCAUCUCGCAGGCCGGCCAAAUGCAGCUGCACGGCAUCCCCAACGACAUCAUGCAAAAUAUCGACCCUUUGGCCGUCAUCUGCCUCAUCCCGCUCCUGGACCGCUACGCCUACCCCUUCCUCCGCCGCCGCGGCUUCGCGCUGCAGCCCAUCACGCGCAUCACCUUCGGCUUCGUCUUCGUCGCCAUGGCCAUGGCCUACGCCGCGUUCCUCCAGCACCUCAUCUACGCCAGCGAACCCUGCUUCGACGCCCCCUCUGCCUGCGCCGCCGCGCUGCGGGCCGAUGGUAGUUACGAGCCCAACCGCGUGCACGUGGCGCUGCAGACGCCGGCGUACCUCGUCAUGGCCUUGUCGGAGAUUUUGGCCAGCGUCACGGGCUUGGAGUACGCGUUUACGAAGGCGCCUGCUAGCAUGAAGAGUUUUAUCAUGGCGCUGUUCUUGCUGACGACGGCGUUGGGGGCGGUUAUUGGGGGCUUGAUCUCGCCGUUUGCGAGGGAUCCGUUGCUCGUGGGGUUGUAUGGGGGGUUGGCGGUGGCGUGUGCGGUUACUGCGGGUGUGUUUUGGGGGAUUUUUAGGAGGUAUGAUGGGGUGGAGGAUGGGGUUUCUGGGGUGAAGGAUGGGGAGGAAUGA